UAUGAGUCUGGGCUUUAGCUACCGUACAUAGGAAUAUCUCCUAGGAAACAGAGUACAUACGGCAAGUCUCAGUCUUUAUUACGUGCUUAGAAACUAAAAAGUCAUGUACUCACAGUUUACGUUUAAACAGUGGUACAUAUUACAAACAUGUGGUAAGGGGAAUAUAUCAGACAACUAGAUUCUGGAAUUAGGUAACACAAUUUUUUUUUAAGACAGAUAUUAAGUCAUGUUGAUGUUCUUCAGUGGGUAAAGAGAAAAAUGAAGAUGCUACAGGAAAGGUUGUUUUAAGUGUGAAACUAGCUGUUAAAGAAGUUGUGCUAAAUCUAACAAGUUUGUAUUAUUUUUUUGUCCAGAUAUAGAGUUCUUGUCCAGUGUCCACUGAGUCUCCCACUAGUCCAGUCAUCAUGGAGGUGUUCUUCAACUCGUCUUUGCUCUUCAUCUCACAAAAACCAUUAAACUACAGCAUAGGGGACAAGACUGUAUAUGAGCAGUGUGACGGCAUGCCAGCCGUGCUUCUCUUCUACCUGGUGCUGCAGUUCAUCAACAUGUUCUUGGGGAUCCCAGCCAACGUCAUGGUGCUGUGGCUCCUGCACAAGAACAAGAGUGACUCCACCACCUCGGACAUCUUCAUCCUGCACCUGGCCAUCCUGGACACCUUCUUCUGCCUCAUCCCCCCUCUGGAGCUGGCCAACAUUGUCUACCUGACCACCAGCAGCACCUGGUACGUGCUGCGCUUCUUCUACGGCGUCAAGGACUCCUCUCCACUCUUCCUGUCCUGCAUCUGCCUGGACCGCUACAUGGCCGUGCUCCACCCAAUCACCUUCACAGAGCUCAAGGACCGCAGCCACCGGCCUGUGCUUGCCGCCGUCGUGUGGAUUGUCACGCUGGCCUACUCCACCGCCAAGUGCGUGGGCAACAUCGUGAACUUUGACAAGGUUUUCACAAUCAUGAUCCUGGCAGCAUUCGCCUUCAUGGUAUUCUGUAAUGUCGCCAUCCUAUGGGCCCUGAGGCAGUCUGGGCCGGGCCGUGACGAGAUGCACCCUGUCAAGAAGAGAGCCUUUAAAAUGGUCCUCAUCAUAUUGGCAAUCAUUGUUUUGAACUACUUCCCUCCUGUGGCUCUGUUCCCCUUCCAGCAAUACUUCUCCCCAGAUGUAUUCCAGUGCUACAUCCACUACAUUGCCUUUGGCUUCAUGGACAUUAGCAGCAGUAUCCAACCUGUGCUUUACCUGUCAAAAGAGAAAAUACUACCACAGAAACCUGGCUGCUGCUGUACCAGAAAUACAGCCAACUCAGGAUGAUCCCUCAACACACAUACUGUACUGGUAGAAGUCUGGUUAUUAUGGUGGGAAGUAGUUUUGGUCCAAAACUGACAAUGUAAGGACACAAGAUGUUGGUAGACUACUAGUAGACAACUAUUCUCAGAUUUAAGGUGAAACUAAAUUAGCAUAUGGGCUAAAUGUUUUUUUUUUUUAAACUUCCUUUAUAUCUUUGUUUUUACUUACUUCAUGCUGCAUAUAUGGGGAUGGGGAUCUAGAAAGUAAAUGCAAUAAAAUGUUGAGCAUACUCAGUUCUUUUGACAUGUGUUUGUAUGCCGAUGUCAUUUCAUGUUACUUCUGUUGUAUCAAAGGUGUGUAAUGAAUUAGUAACACAAAUAUUAACAUAUACUCUAUCAUGUCUUCGAGGAUUAUGCAUUUGGUUGUCUGUAUACCAACUGAUUUGAAUGCUGGUGUCAGAAUGAUAAAAGGUCAAAAAUAAAAUUGUAGAAAUAAAUACAACACUGUAGAAACUGAGGAAUGGAGGUAUUUGGUUUUGAUCAAUUAUUUUUAAUUUGGACUAACAGCAGAAUAUAUUCCAUAUUAAGGAUAGAUCCUCAGUAACAAGUCAAUUUUUAUGUAUCAUUUACCACAAUACAUCGGCCAAUUAAUUACACUUUGAAUAAUAAAUAAUUUUGAAAGUUUGGCAUCAUUCUUACCAAAAUAAUCCAAUAUUCUACCAUAACAUUCAUGUCUUAAAAGUAUGGCUUCUAAAA